AUGCGUUUCUUGCCCCUCCCCACCUGCUCCGUUGCAUGGCUCGCAGCAGUCGCACUGGCCGCAGUGCCCGCAGCGGCCAACAGCCCCGCUGCUUCGCUCUGGGAAGCUGUAGAGACGGAGUCCGAGGCUGGCUCCCCCACUUCAGUGGACCAAUGGACCAGUGAGGAGCCCCGGGACCCGGAGCCGGAGUCCCAGCGCGCCUACGACUCCGCAGCCUUGCCAAUCCCCAGGACCACUGGCCCAAUCCGCGGCCUCUACUUGACCCCGGGGGCCCCGAGGGCCCCGGCGGCGCGGGGGGCCCCAGGGGCCCCAGGGGCCCCUGGGGCCGCGGGGGCCGCGGGGGCCCCCGGGGCCCUUUCUCCCUCCAUACCCACUGAGGCGCUGCAGCAAAAGGGCCCCUCCCGUGGCUUGCGGGCCUCCCCGGGGGCCCCCCGGCCCCGCGGGGGGCCCCUGGGGGCCCCCGGCGUUUUGGCUCUGUUCUUAUUUGCUGUUUUGGGUCUUGUGGCUGCGCGUUCUGUGCGGCUUCCGGGGCGCAUGCGGCCCGCGCUGGAGUUGCUGCCUGCUGCUGCUGCUGCGCGGGAUGAGGCGGAGAUGAAGGAAGUGGCGCGGCGGCUGGCGAAGGGGGAGCUGCUGCUGCGGGAGUACAGAGAAGCAAUUGACCAGCUGCAGCACGAGGGGGACAUUUUAGCUGCUGCUGCUGAGGGGCAGCGUGUGGGGGGUGUGGGGCGGGAGCUGCAGCAGCAGCUAGCAGCAGCAGCAGCAAGCCUCAACGGACUUCUGAACAAAGACCUUUCCGAAAAGAUGACACAAAAUGAACAAGUCCGACAAACAAUUGUCACAAUUGCAACAAGAGCUGGCCAGGAGGCCUCAGCAAUUAGCAAAAGGGUCUCAGACAUUCUCAACGAGCUGCAGCUGGGGGGCCCCCUCAGGGGGGCCCCCCAGGGCCCCGGGGGGGCCCCCCGAAGCAUAGUGAACCCUUCUGUGCUGCUGCGGCUCACGGACUCGCUGCAGCAAGUGGGGGACAACGCGAAGACCAGGGCCCGGCACGCAGUAAAUGCUGCAGCAGAAGCUCUGCGGUCUCGUGCUGCUGCUGCUGAGAACCUCAUGAAUGCUGCUCGAAGAGCAGCAGCAGAAACAGAAGCUUUUAAUGGAGAAGCAGAAAUUCUGUGGCUGCAUGCGCAGCUGCUGGAGUCUCUGGAGCUGGACAUGCGGCGGAGCCUGCGGCUGGCGCAGGACGCAGCAGCAGCAGCAGGUUUGCUGCAGCAGGAGCCCGCAGCAGCAGCAGCAGCGGGGGAGGCGCCCGCAGAGCUGCAGCAGCAGCUGGAGGCCCCAGAACUCCCCCCCGAAAGCGCUGCUGCUGCCAGGGAGCUGCUGCAGGCCGUCCGCAGCAGCAGAGCUGCAGCGUGGUCUCAGUGGGCUUCGAGAGACUUGGUGGAAACAGCAGCAAAUAUGAAGUCCAGUGUCCUCCAGCUGCUCGCCAUAGUCCACGCCCACGCGCCCCCCACUCCCCAAAGCCCUGACGCCAACUAG